AUGGCGGAAGGUGAGAAAUCCUUAAACGGGCUGGAGCUCAGCAAGGAAUGGCGGGAAGCUGUGGACAGUGCGGCCGAGCUGCUGCGCUACCUGAGGGAGCAGGUGCCACAGAUCUACUGCCUGGAGAAGGAGUCCAGCCCCCAGGAGGAGGAGGAGCUGGUGCAGAACCGGCUCCUCCACCCUCUGGAGUGUUUCCUGUUUGGAGAGGAUCCUCAGGAGGGCCUGGAGAAGCUCAAGCAGGGCAGCACCUCCUCCCAGCUUUGUGGACGUGUCUUCAAAGAGGGAGAGACGGUUUACUCCUGCAGGGACUGUGCAAUAGAUCCCACUUGUGUGCUGUGUAUGGACUGCUUCCAGGAUAGUGUGCACAAAGGCCAUCGCUAUAAGAUGCACGCAUCAUCAGGCGGGGGGUUCUGUGAUUGCGGGGAUGUAGAAGCCUGGAAGAUCGGCCCCUGCUGCUCCAAACAUGACCCAGGGGUCACCGCUUCCAUGGUAACGGAUGAGUGUGUGUUGGAGCCGGGCUUGUAUGAGUGUGCUAAGAAGCUGUUCCAGGUGCUGUUGCACUACAUCACUGAUCUCUUGGUCUGGGAGGAAAGCUUUGAGCUAUCAGGAGAACUGCAGCCCAGGGUGAAGGAGGAUGCAUACUACUGUGUACUGUACAACGACGAGCACCAUUCCUAUGAGCAUGUGAUCUACACCUUGCAGCGAUCUGUCAACUGUGAUCUCGCUGAAGCACAGACGCAGACAGCACUCAUAGACAAAGAGGGUCGGCGGGCUGUGAAAAAAGGAACCCUUCGUUCCUGCCAGCAAGCAAAAGACCUCAUCAAGUCCAACUCUGAGCACAUUUCCCUGCAGCCGCUGCGAGUAGAGAUCCUCCACUCAGCUGUAAUGGCUCAUCAAAGUUUCGCUCUGCGCCUCGGCUCCUGGUUCCAACAGAUUAUUGGUUACUCAGUGGGCUUCAGGCAGGCCUUCUGCCAGGUGGCACUGGAGCCCAGCACAGAGCGAGACCGGCCCUGCCUCAUCAGCAGACUCAUGCUGCACGAUGCCAGGAUGUACAAAGGAGCUCGCAAGAUAGUGCAUGAACUGAUUUUCUGUAGUCUGCUGAUGGAGACAGAGUGCAAGAGGCUUUUUGCAAUUGAGUUUACCAAGCAUUAUAAGCAACUACAAAAGGACUUUAUCAAUGAUGACCAUGAGAGGAGUAUAUCCAUCACUGCUCUGUCUGUGCAGAUCUUCACUGUACCCACACUGGCCAGGCAGCUGAUCGAGGAGGGCAAUGUUAUUAAGGUGAUAGUUGACACGGUCAUGGAUUUGCUGCGUGAACACCUAGACGCCAACAACCGCUUCCACUUCCAGGGCUACAACUCCGACAAGUUCUUCCGCAUCCAGGUCAUCUUCCACGACCUCAGGUAUAUUCUGAUCAGUAAGCCCUCAUUGUGGACCGAAGAGCUCAGGAAACAGUUCCUAGAAGGCUUCAAAGUCUUUCUUGGGCUCCUCAACUGCAUGCAGGGUAUGGAGGAGGUGAAGCGGCAGUUUGGUCAGCACAUUGAGGUAGAGCCAGAAUGGGAAGCUGGCUUUUCUAUCCAGAUCCAGCUCCGCCACAUUCUUGCCAUGUUUCAGGACUGGUGCUCAUGUGAUGACAAGAUCUUGCUCCUUGCAUUUGAGGAGUGCCUCAAAGCCUUGCUGCGCUGCAAUAACCAGCCCUUCCACAGCGAGGCCACUGACUACUACAUGUGCAAACAUAUCCUCCAUGUCCGUCCAUACAAAGUGUCUCAGGAGCCUGUCAGCAUACAUCUGCCCAUCUCCCGGCUGCUUGCUAGCUUAUAUGUGCACCUGUGUAGAAUGGGGACGAUGGAACGCCUGCAAGAAUCAGUGGAUCCUGAGAGCUUUGACUACACUCAGUUUGUAGAGUACCCUCUGCGCUGUGUGGUGCUGGCCGCCCAGGUCACCGCUGAAAUGUGGCGCAGGAACGGCCUCUCAUUGGUCAGCCAGAUUUAUUACUAUCAGGAUGUGAAAUGCAGGGACGAGAUGUAUGAUAAGGACAUUCUCAUGCUUCAGAUAGCUGCUUCCAAAAUGGACCCUAACCACUUUCUCAUGCUGAUCUUGUUGAGAUUUGAGCUCUUUGAAAUUUUUAAUGGGAGUUGUUCAAGCAAAGACCAGGAAAUCUUGAAACAGUGGAAUCGACUUACAGAAGAAAUGCUCUACCUUCUGAUCAUCAUCGUUGGUGAGCGUUAUGUCCCAGGGAUCAGCCAGGUGACCAAAGAGGACGUGACAAUGAGGGAGGUUAUCCACCUGCUGUGCAUUGAGCCCAUGGCUCAUAGCAGCCUGGUCAAAGGCCUGCCAGAGAAUGAGAGCCAUGAAACAGGCUUGGAGACUGUCAUUUCCAAAGUUGCCAACUUUAAAAAACCGGGUGUAUCAGGGCACGGCUUAUAUGAAGUCAAAAAGGAAUGUCUGGCAGAAUUCAACCCUUUCUUCUACCACUAUUCAAAAUCCCAGCACAGCAAGGCAGAGGAUUCUCAGAAGAAGAGGAGAGCUCAGGAAGGCAAUGAUAAAGCUCUGCGUCCUCCGGUACCUCCACCCUUCUGCCCAGCCUUCUCCAGCAUCGUGCGCCUGCUCUGCUGCGACGUUCUCAUCCACGUUUUGAGACGAGUCCUGCAGAGAGCUGUGGAGGACCGGGCCGCUCAGUGGACAGAGGCCAUGAUCCAGAGGGCUCUGCACUUGAUAGGUCAGGGGCUGCUGGAGGAGAAGACUCAGCUUGAGGACAGCACUGUGGAGGAGGUGACCUUUGAUUUCAGCCUCAAGGCACGCAGAAUCGGCUCUGAACACGGCAAAUCUGUCUUCCACUUGCUGUCCAAGGUCAAAGCUGUUCCUUCCCUUGAAGCGCAGAAAGACAUGAUCAAGUGGAUUCUGCAGAUGUUUGAGGUGGUCAAGUGCCUUAGAGAGAAGUCAAGUCCCACAGCCUCCAUGAGCAUGGAAACAACCAAACCAGAAGAGAGCGCCCAGGACAAAGAGAAAGCCGAGCGCAAGAGGAAGGCGGAGGCAGCCAAACUCCACCGGCAGAAGAUCAUGGCUCAGAUGUCGGCGAUGCAGAAGAACUUCAUAGAGUCCAACAAGAUGCUGUAUGAGAACAUGCCAGAGAGUGGCGUGCAGGGGGAGCCUGUCACAACUACUGAAAGCUGUGCCAUGGAGCAGAAGGAGCUGUGUGUAGCAGUCGGGCCGCACCGGGGCUCCACCCCAACCGAGAGGGAGGUGCUCACCUGCAUUCUUUGCCAGGAGGAGCAGGAGGUGGCAGCCCAGGCUCCCGCCAUGGUGCUGACUGCCUGCGUGCAGCGGUCCACAGUGCUGACACAGUGCAGGGGAAAGACGCUGAGCAACAAAGCAGAAGGAUCAUCAUAUCCCCUCUUCAUGCCACCUGAACUGGCGGUGGGGACCCACAUUGGUACCUGUGGUCAUGUCAUGCACGCCACCUGUUGGCAGAAAUAUUUUGAGGCAAUCCAGAACACUACCAGAAACCGGCUCCACGCUGAGCUGAUCAUCGACCUGGAAAACGGGGAGUACCUGUGCCCCCUCUGCAAGUCUCUGUGCAAUACCGUGGUCCCUCUCAUCCCGCUGGAACCACUCACACUCAACUAUGAGAAUGCAGAGAUAGUCGGGCAGCAUCUGAGCCUGUCCCGCUGGAUCCAGAUCCUGUCGGCCAGAAUUAAAGGACUCAAGUCAGUCAGUCAGGACACUGAGAGUAACAGCGAUGAUGGAGACUUGGGGCUUUGUGGAGAGGGCCAACCGGACUUCAGAUCCAUCCUCAGCUUUGGAGUGCAAGAGCCGAGGAAGUUCUCGGACAGCAUAGCGGAGAUGCUGGUGGUUUGUGCCACCACAGUGCACAGGGUGGGACUGCAGACGGCACCCAACGAGCUGUGUCCGUAUGUGCCCGUUAUGGCUUGGAACACCUGUGCCUUCACCAUUCAGGCCAUAGAAAACAUAUUGCAAGGAGAGGACAAGCCACUUUUUGGGUCCUUACAAAACAGACAGUUAGCAGGUCUGAAGGCAGCUGUUCAGUUUUCAGCAGCGCAGAGACUUAAGAGCUCCCAGGCGGUCGUCCAGAGGCAUUUCACAGACAUGUUGGGAGUCUUGUUACCGGCCUUGGGAAGAGAGAACACCCCCUCUCUUCUGGAAGUGGACUUCUUCCAUCUUUUGGUGGGGUUGGUGUUAUCUGUUCCUUCCCUGUACCAAGAGGAGGCAGUAGACUUACAGCCGUCUUCUGUCAGCUCUGCUUACAACCACCUGCAUAUCCUGCACCUGGUCACCAUGGCUCACCUGCUGCAGGUCAUCCUCUCCUCAACAGAUUUCCCUGCAGUGGCGGGUGGAGAGGAGGGAGAGGAAGCCAGAGCGGCAGCAGAGCUUUACGCCACAGUGUCACAACACACUGAAGGGAGGCUGAGUCCUGAUGUGUCUGGCAGCUCUGUGGCAGACAGAGUGAGGAGAGGGAUUACACCUUUCCUGCGCUGUGCCGCUCUCUUUUUCAAUGGCCUUACAGGAGUGCCUCCUCCAGAGGAGCUCUCCAGUACUGCUGUUACCUCUCAAGGGCAGAUGGAGGCGCUGUGCAGUUACUUGGCGUUACCUCCCAACGUGUUCCAGCUGUUCCAGGAGCACAAAGAAACUGUUACCCCACUGCUAGAGAGUUGGUGUGGGAGCUCAGCUAUAACCAAAGUCCUAAAAGGCGAAAUCCAGACAAUCAGAUACCCCAGGAGAAGGAAUCAUUUGAUUGAGCUGCCUGAGGAUUACAGUGCCCUCCUCAAUCAAGCCAGUCAUUUUCAGUGUCCCAAGUCUACUGAUGACGACAGGAAGCACCCCACCCUGUGCCUGUUCUGUGGGGUCAUGCUGUGCUCGCAGAGCGUCUGCUGUCAGACUCAGCUGGACGGGGAUGAUGUGGGAGCCUGCACCGCCCACGCUGCCACCUGUGGAGCUGGAGUAGGCAUGUUCCUCAGGAUAAGAGAGUGUGAGGUCAUUCUGAUGGCCAGUAAGACCCGUGGUAGCACUUACCCCGCCCCUUACCUUGAUGAUUAUGGGGAGACUGACCCUCAGCUUGGAAGAGGCAAUCCAUUGCACCUCUGCCCUGAACGCUACAGGAAGCUGAACCAGCUGUGGCAGCAGCACUGCAUCCUGGAGGAGAUCGCCCGCAGCCUGGAGGUGGUCAACAUCAUGUUCGCCUUCGAGUGGCAGAUGUUGUGAUGGCCAGGUCAGGCCAGGACGUGAAGGGCACAGCCAUAGAACAUAGUCUGCUGCAAUGCUCCAGAGACACACACACACACAAGCACACACACAUAAUCACACUCACAAACAGCCCUCCAGUCUUUGAUUGAAGAAGCCCUGAGCAGCCAAUCCCUCCCUGAUGAAACCCCUGCUGGAUUCCACAUAGCUGGGAGGGGAGGAGGAGGAUGUGGACGAUGAAUCAUGAGCAAACCCAAGUCGCCUUGUUUUAUUUUGAUUGUCUGCAGUGAGAAUGAGUUUCUCCUAGAAUAAUCAUGUGUCCAAAGAGGCUCAUUCAAAUAAAGACAAACACUAAGAUACACACCAACACGUUUCUGUUAUCAUCGUAUGUAUGUGAUGACUUUCCUAGGUAAUGCUGUGAAUUUUCUGCAUUCUCUUUUGUGUUAGGAGUUAUUAUUUGGCAUAAGUUAUAUGAGAUUGAAAUCUGCUGUUUUGCAACGGGCAGAUGAGAAGAGAUGCUCUUUAGAGAAAAAAAAUGGGAGGGGAGGUGGUCAGGGGAUUAUACAUGUUUUUAUUUCUGCGCAUUAAUGCAUUAGAUGGUCCAAUAGGCAGAGCCCGAUGUUACUGACCAUCACCCUUAUUCAGUUAUAUAUAUUUAUAUAUAUAUUAGAUAAAACAUUUAUAGGAAAUUACUUAAUUUUCAAAACUAUAUCCAGAAAUAAUUCAGUACUUUCCUGUAACAAUGGUACAGCUUGUUUGGUGAAUUCUUGUUUGAAGAUCUAUUUGCAGAUAAUGAUAGGUGGCAUUUUGGCACCAGAGGUCAGCCCUAUGAUGGGCAUUUUACAAUUUUCAUCACAAGUACUCACUGAGUUUGAGCUCCAACACAAAAAUGGCAUGAGAUCAUGUGUACCUCUGUGUAUGACAUUGUGAGAUACCCUGGUCAGACAGAAGAAGUCACUGGAUGUUUACGAUGUUUGCAUAAUGUCUUUAAAAAUUGUUUAAGGGACCAUUGUCAGGUGUCGGAUUAUUAUAGACAUAUUUCACCUUGCAUAGAGUGUUUUACUUAUGCUUGGAUACAUAACUACCAGGAAUGGCCUACUAGCUGCAUAACUAUAAUUGAUGAACUCUUCAAAAACAGAAUUUAACAAGUAAAUCAUUAUGUCAAUAUUCUAUUUAUAAAAAAAAUAUGUACAUUUUAUUAAACAAUCUACAAUAUAAGGUACUAUGAUAUCUUUUCAGUUGCUCCAUUCACAACUGUAUAACUUUUUCAGGAAAAUAAAAAUGUGCAUAUUUUUUUUCUUCCUUUUGUGUUGCUCGAUUGUGCUAAAUGACUUCCAGGCUGUUGAAAUAAAGACACUAGCCUAUCUGCUGAA